AGUUUACAACCGUCUAGUCUCUGCAAGCAAUUCUCUCUUUGAGCAAAUUAUGCCCCACGUUUCCUAUGAAAAGAAAAAAAAAUCCUUGGGCUUUCCCAGUGAAGGAAGAGGAUCCCCUCUGCCUGACAUCAGGGGUCCCUCUCCAAGUCAUCCGGAAAAGAAGGAAACAUAUUAAUGCCCGCCCUGAAGAUGUCGGCACCAGCCUCUACUUUGUGAAUGACUCCUUGCAGCAGGUGACCUUCUCCAGCUCCGUGGGGGUCGUGGUGCCCUGCCCGGCCACAGGCUCCCCCAGCGCGGUCCUCCGAUGGUAUCUCGCCACAGGCGAUGACAUCUACGAUGUGCCGCACAUCCGGCACGUCCACGCCAAUGGGACGCUGCAGCUCUACCCCUUUUCGCCCUCUGCCUUCAAUAGCUUUAUCCACGACAAUGAUUACUUCUGUACCGCAGAAAACGCUGCGGGCAAGAUCCGGAGUCCCAACAUCCGGGUUAAAGCAGUUUUCAGGGAACCCUACACCGUCCGGGUGGAGGAUCAAAGGUCAAUGCGUGGAAACGUGGCUGUCUUCAAGUGCCUCAUCCCCUCUUCAGUGCAGGAAUAUGUUAGUGUUGUGUCCUGGGAGAAAGACACAGUCUCCAUCAUCCCAGAAAAUAGGUUUUUUAUUACUUUCCAUGGUGGGCUAUACAUCUCAGAUGUGCAGAAGGAGGACGCCCUGUCUACAUACCGCUGCAUCACCAAACACAAGUACAGUGGUGAGACCCGCCAAAGCAAUGGGGCCCGACUCUCUGUGUCAGACCCAGCUGAAUCAACUCCCACCAUCCUCGACAGCUUCCAUUCCAGGGAAGUGAGGGCAGGCCAGACGGUGGAGUUGCCCUGCACUGCCUCAGGCUACCCUGCUCCUGCGAUCAGAUGGCUCAAGGAUGGGCGGCCCCUCCCCACGGACAGCCGCUGGACCAAGCGCAUCACAGGGCUGACCAUUAGCGACCUGCGGGCUGAGGACAGCGGUACCUACAUCUGCGAGGUCACCAAUACCUUCGGCUCAGCAGAAGCCACAGGCACUCUCACAGUCAUCGACCCCCUCCAUGUGACCCUGACGCCAAAGCAGCUGAAGACAGGCAUCGGGAGCACCGUGAUCCUGUCCUGUGCCCUGACGGGCCCCCCGGAGCUCACCAUUCGCUGGUACCGCAACACGGAGCUGGUGGUCCCGGAUGAGACCGUCUCAAUCCGCGGCCUCAGCAACGAGACCCUGCUCAUCACCUCGGCCCAGAAAAGCCACUCCGGAGCUUACCAGUGCUUCGCCACCCGCAAAGCCCAGACAGCCCAGGACUUCGCCAUCAUUGUUCUGGAGGAUGGGACACCCCGAAUCAUCUCCUCCUUCAGCGAGAAGGUGGUAAACCCCGGGGAGCAGUUCUCUCUGAUGUGCGCAGCUAAAGGCGCCCCGCCUCCCACCGUCACCUGGGCCCUGGACGAUGAGCCGAUCCAGCGGGACGGCGGGCACCGCACCAACCAGUACACCAUGUCAGACGGCACGACCAUCAGCCACAUGAAUGUCACGGCCCCCCAGAUCCGAGAUGGGGGUGUCUACCGAUGCGCUGCACGGAACUCAGUGGGCAGUGCUGAAUACCAAGCGCGAAUAAACGUAAGAGGACCCCCAAGUAUCCGGGCAAUGAGGAACAUCACAGCAGUGGCAGGUCGGGACACACUUAUCAACUGCAGGGUCAUUGGUUAUCCCUACUAUUCCAUCAAGUGGUACAAAGAUACCUUGUUGCUGCCUGACAACCAUCGCCAGGUGGUCUUUGAGAAUGGAACGCUCAAACUGAUGGAUGUCCAGAAGGGGAUGGAUGAAGGGGAAUACCUCUGCAGUGUUCUUAUUCAACCUCAGCUGUCCAUCAGCCAGAGUGUCCAUGUUGCAGUGAAAGUUCCCCCCCUGAUUCAACCCUUUGAGUUUCCCCCUGCCUCCAUCGGACAGCUGCUCUACAUCCCCUGUGUGGUCUCCUCUGGGGACAUGCCGAUCCGGAUCACCUGGAGGAAAGAUGGCCAAGUAAUCAUCUCUGGCUCAGGGGUGACCAUCGAGAGCAAGGAGUUCAUGAGUUCCCUCCAGAUCUCCAGCGUCUCCCUCAACCACAAUGGAAAUUACACCUGCAUUGCCAGCAAUGAUGCUGCCACUGUCAGCCGUGAACGGCAGCUGAUUGUGCGAGUCCCACCUCGUUUUGUGGUGCAGCCCAACAACCAGGAUGGCAUUUACGGCAAAGCUGGAGUUCUGAACUGUUCCGUGGAUGGCUACCCACCUCCCAAGGUCAUGUGGAAGCACGCCAAAGGCAGUGGGAACCCUCAGCAGUACCACCCUGUUCCACUCACAGGGCGUAUCCAGAUCCUUCCCAACAGCUCGCUGCUGAUCCGACACGUGCUAGAAGAGGACAUCGGCUAUUACCUCUGCCAGGCCAGCAAUGGUGUGGGCACCGACAUCAGCAAGUCCAUGUUCCUCACCGUCAAAAUACCAGCCAUGAUCACCUCCCACCCUAAUACUACCAUCGCCAUCAAGGGUCACACGAAGGAACUGAACUGCACUGCACGAGGGGAGCGCCCCAUCAUCAUCCGUUGGGAGAAAGGGGACACGGUCAUCGACCCAGACCGAGUCAUGAGAUACGCCAUCACCACUAAGGACAACGGGGAUGAGGUCAUAUCUACUCUGAAGCUGAAGCCCGCUGACCGUGGGGACUCUGUAUUCUUCAGUUGCCAUGCCAUCAACUCCUAUGGGGAGGACCGGGGUCUGAUCCAACUCACUGUGCAAGAGCCCCCAGACCCUCCUGAGCUAGAGAUCCGGGAAGUGAAGGCCCGGAGCAUGAACCUGCGCUGGACUCAGAGAUUCGAUGGGAACAGCAUCAUCACCGGUUUUGACAUUGAAUAUAAAAACAAAUCUGAUUCCUGGGAUUUCAAGCAAUCCACCCGCAACAUCUCACCCACCAUCAACCAGGCAAACAUCGUGGACCUGCACCCUGCCUCUGUUUACAGCAUUCGCAUGUACUCCUUCAACAAGAUUGGCCGCAGUGAGCCCAGCAAGGAGCUCACCAUAAGCACAGAGGAAGCUGCUCCUGAUGGACCACCCAUGGAUGUCACCUUGCAACCUGUAACUUCUCAGAGCAUUCAGGUAACCUGGAAGGCCCCAAAGAAGGAGCUCCAGAAUGGUGUGAUCCGCGGCUACCAGAUCGGUUACCGGGAGAACAGCCCAGGCAGCAAUGGGCAGUACAGCAUUGUAGAGAUGAAGGCCACCGGAGACAGCGAGGUCUACACCCUGGACAACUUGAAGAAGUUUGCUCAGUAUGGGGUGGUGGUCCAGGCCUUCAACCGGGCAGGGACGGGUCCUUCCUCCAGCGAGAUCAACGCCACCACCCUGGAGGAUGUGCCCAGCCAGCCUCCUGAGAAUGUCCGAGCCCUGUCCAUUACUUCAGAUGUAGCUGUCAUUUCCUGGUCAGAGCCACCACGAAGCACCCUUAAUGGCGUUCUCAAAGGCUACCGGGUCAUCUUUUGGUCUCUGUACAUGGAUGGGGAGUGGGGGGAGAUGCAGAACAUCACCACCACGCGGGAGCGGGUCGAGCUCCGGGGCAUGGAGAAGUUCACCAACUACAGCGUCCAGGUCCUGGCCUACACCCAGGCCGGGGAUGGCGUCCGCAGCAGUGUGCUCUACAUCCAGACCAAGGAGGACAUUCCAGGUCCCCCUGCUGGAAUCAAAGCGGUCCCCUCCUCAGCCAGCAGCGUGGUCGUAUCCUGGCUGCCUCCUGCCAAGCCCAAUGGGGUGAUCCGGAAGUACACCAUCUUCUGCUCCAGUCCUGGGUCUGGACAGCCGGCCCCCAGCGAAUACGAGACGAGCCCAGAGCAGCUCUUCUACCGGAUCGCUCAUUUGAAUCGAGGGCAGCAGUACAUGCUGUGGGUAGCGGCCGUCACCUCUGCCGGCCGGGGAAACAUCAGUGAGAAGGUCACCAUCGAGCCGGCUGGAAAGGCCCCUGCCAAAAUCAUCUCAUUUGGAGGCACUGUGACCACACCUUGGAUGAAAGAUGUCCGGUUGCCCUGUACCUCAGUGGGGGAACCUGUCCCAGCCAUCAAAUGGACAAAGGACAGUGAGGACUCUGCUAUUGCUGUGACCGUAGAUGGGCAUCGGCUCAUCCAAACCAAUGGGACCCUGGUGCUACGCUCGGUGAAGGCCGAGGACUCUGGUUACUACACCUGCACUGCCACCAACACCUGGGGCUUCGAUACCAUCAUCAUCAACUUGCUGGUACAAGUUCCUCCAGAUCAGCCCCGACUGACUGUGUCUAAGACCUCAGCCUCCUCUAUCACUCUGGCCUGGAUCCCGGGGGACAAUGGGGGCAGCUCCAUCCGAGGUUUCGUGCUCCAGUACUCCGUGGACAACAGCGAGGAGUGGAAGGACGUGUUCAUCAGCUCCAGCGAGCGCUCCUUCAAACUGGACAGUCUCAAGUGCGGCACCUGGUACAAGGUGAAGCUGGCCGCCAAGAACAGCGUGGGCGCCGGGCGCAUCAGCGAGAUCAUCGAAGCCAAAACCCACGGGCGGGAACCGUCCUUCAGCAAAGACCAGCACCUCUUCACCCACAUCAACUCCACGCACGCCCGACUCAACCUGCAGGGCUGGAGCAGUGGGGGCUGCCCCAUCACGUCCAUCCUGCUCGAGUACAGGCCCAAGGGCACGUGGGCCUGGCAGGGCCUGCGGGCCAACAGUUCGGGGGAGGUGUUCCUGGCCGAGCUCCGAGAAGCCACCUGGUACGAGCUGCGCAUGAGGGCCUGCAACAGUGCAGGCUGCGGCAACGAGACCACUCAGUUCGCCACGCUGGACUACGACGGAAGCACCAUCCCACCCAUCAAGUCAGCCCAGGGAGAGGGGGAUGAUGUGAAGAAGCUUUUCUCCAUCGCCUGCCCCGUCAUCCUAGCCACCCUUGGGGUAGCUCUGCUCAUCAUCAUUCGCAAGAAAAGGAAGGAGAAAAGACUGAAGCGGCUCCGAGAUGCCAAGAGUUUAGCAGAGAUGUUGAUAAGCAAGAGCAAUCGAAGCCUGGACACGCCCGUGAAGGGGCCACCCCAAGGCCCUCGGCUCCACAUUGACAUCCCCCGCGUCCAGCUGCUGAUUGAGGACAAGGAGGGUAUCAAACAGCUGGGGGACGACAAAGCCACCAUCCCCGUGACGGACACGGAGUUCAGCCAGGCUGUCAAUCCCCAGAGCUUCUGCACGGGAGUCUCCCUGCAUCACCCGGCCCUCAUCCAAAACACAGGGCCCCUCAUCGACAUGUCUGACAUCCGGCCUGGCACCAAUCCCGUGUCUAGGAAGAACGUCAAGUCGGCCCAUAGCACCCGCAAUCGGUACUCCAGCCAAUGGACACUGACCAAGUGCCAGGCUUCCACUCCUGCCCGCACGCUGACCUCCGACUGGCGCACCGUGGGGUCUCAGCACGGCAUCACGGUCACCGAGAGCGAUAGCUACAGUGCCAGCCUGUCCCAGGACACAGAGGUAGCAUGGCACAGUGCACUGGCCUUAUGAUCAGAAGACCCGAAUUCAAAUCCUCCUUCUACACUUACGAGCCCUGUGAUGCUGAGCAAAUCCCAUGUUGGACAGCACGUGACUGAUUUUCCUCUAUGGAAGGAGUUCACACACCAAAGAAAUCACAGAUCCUUGACGUAUGUUAGUCUUAAGAGAGACUCUAGGAAUAUAAAUUGCAGGACAGUUGCUAAUCUGUAUUAAUAAAUGGAGUUUCCUCACCAUGGAGCGCCCCCCCCCCUCAAAAAAAAAGGAAAUCACAGGUCUGAACCAAAAUAAAUAAAUAAAGUAUGAUGAUACUGCUAUUAUUAAUAAAAGUCUUGGAAAUUGGGUGCAUGAUGUCAUUAUUAGUAUUUUUAUUGUGAAAAUUUGAAAUUCUAUGUCACUUUAAGGUUUACAUAGUACUUCUUUCCAACAGCCAUGUGAUAUACAGAUAAGGAAAAUAAGAGAAGGUCAGUGACUUGCUUAAGAGCUCAAACUCAGUUCUUCCAAGUAUUGCUUUCCACUACAUCAUGCUGUCCCUACCAUCUAAGGCUAAUUCCCUAUUCUUAAGCAUUCAAAAUGUGCCAUCUCCCCCCCCAUCACAUUUCUGACUCCCCCAGCACCUUCUCCUUGGUGCUGUGAACCUGCCAUGCUGUACUGGUUGCAUCUACAGAGGAUAAGCUGGGAGAAAGGAGGCCUUCCUCGCUAAUCAGAUCAGAAUCUAUGAUAUUGUGCCCAUAUAUGCCAAUAAUAAUUUCACAUCCUAUACAAAAUUCCAGCGUACUUCACACAUUGAAACUAAUUUAGUGCCCAUAAAAGCCCAAGGAGCUAAAGGAAAUAUAACAGGUCAUGGGAUUUGGAGCCUUGGAAAGGCUCCUUCAUCUAUCUUGUUCUGCAAGAUGGAGCCUUUUAAAGAUGGAGAGCCUGAAACCCAGAGAGAAUUAACUUGACCAAAAUCACAUGGAUAAAAAGUAACAGCCAAGAUUUGAACCUCAUUAGCUUGAAUUUAAACCCAAUGUUCUUUCCACUAGGCUGCCUAUUAUUAUCUCCAGAGAGAGGGGGGAGAGAAAGCUGGAUCUGGAGGCACAAGUUCUGGGUUCAUACCUUGCUCUGAGAAAUAACUAUGACAAGUUAUUUGAUCUUUCACUUCUAUGUGACUUUCCUACCAUCAUACAGCUAAAAACAGGCAGACCUGGUCACAAGUUCCAACGAUCUUCCUCCGUUAUCCUUUCCACUGUGCUAUGGAUCAGAUCUCUUUCUCUCCUUCUGUCUCCCUUCUUCCUCCUCCCCCUUCCCCCUCCCCCCUUUCCUCCCUCUCUUUCUUUCCCUCCCUUCUCCCUCCCUUCCUCCUUCCCUUUUUCUCUCCCCUCCCUCCCUCUCUCCUUCGCUCCUUCCCUCCCCCCUCUCUCUCUCCCUCCGCCCCUCUCUAACUUGCCUCUCCCCCC